AUGGCCGGAACGGCCAGGGGGGAUGGAUCUGAAUUCUGCACCGGGACGAUGGCGGCACCUCAUGAAUGCAGCCAGCUCCAGUUCCAGGCAUGUACCAAGCUGUCCAAACCACAUAAAGCCCAGGCUCUUCAUGGUGGACUCUGACAAGCCCAAGAAGUGGUGCUGAUGCUGCUGCUGGAUUCGCAUUUGUAGGGCACCUUGCCAGGUUCAGUUUACCUUCAAACUUCGCUCUAUUGCAUUGGUGGCAGGUGCUUUAGAGAGCCCCAAAUGUGCAUGUACUAGCCCUGCUGUGGAUCCAUAUGCCUCUGGAGUUUGUAGCUCCUUCGCUGAGGACCCUUUUGAUGCUCCUGUUGAUAUCCCACAUUGAUAUCUUUCGAGUGAGCUCACUUCUCAUCAUUCAGGAAACAAACCUCUUUGGCUAAGUGGGAGAAGAGUCUGAUUUGGAGCUGCUUGGCAUAUCUCAGCUCUAGGACGCUGGUUUCUGCGCUGUGCGCUGACCUCAGCUCGCACGCGCACCAUGGCGCCCAACUCCGAACCACAGGGCGUUCCCUUGGGGAACUACAAGGAGUCGCCGAAUGCUGGCCUCGAUGAUCCCCUGAUCCUCAAGGUUGGCUACCCGCCAAAGAGGACGUUCAAGGAGGAGGUCACAGAAUUUGUGGAGCAGGUCCACCCCCUGAAGAAGUACCAGAAGAAGGGACGAAGGUUGUCGCAGCAGGACAAGCUCAAGCUGGCGGCAUUCUAUGUCGCGCCCUGGCUGGAGUGGGUCACGUCGUACAAGCUGGAGUAUCUGCGUGGGGAUAUCGUCGGCGGACUCACGAUUGCAGUGAUGGCUGUGCCCCAGGAUCUAGCCUAUGCUGCACUGGCGAAGUUGCCGCCCGUCAACGGACUCUACACCAGUGUGUACCCCCCCCUCAUCUACGCAUGGUUUGGCAGUUCCCGCCACAUUGCGGUGGGGCCUGUGGCUGUGGUGUCUCUCCUAGUGGGGAGUCUUCUGCCCAAGAGGAUCGAUCCCAAGGCCUUCCCCACUCAGUACCUGGAACUGAGCUUCCUUAACACAUUCUUCGUCGGGAUCAUCCAAACAGCCCUGGGCUUUCUCCAGCUGGGUUUCGUCAUCGAGUUCCUGAGCCACUCUACGAUCGUCGGUUUCAUGGCGGGCGCAGCAGUGACGAUCGGAAUGUCGCAGCUGAAGAACUGGUUCGGCUACGUCACGUUUACCAACAAGACCAACAUCCAGUCCGUGAUUGGCUCUAUCGCGGAUCACCCGGAGCAGUUCAACUGGCAGACCUUCUGCAUCGGCCUCACCUUUUUGGUCCUCAUCCUGUUCUUCAAGCAAGUGGGUACCCGGUUCCGCCCCCUCUGGUGGAUCUCCCCAUUGGGCCCUCUGGUUUCUGUCAUCGCAUCGAUCCUGUUUGUCUACCUCACGCGUGUGGACAAGGACGGCGUACGCAUUGUCAAGAAGGUUCCGACGGGCAUGCCUCCCUCGUCCGUCCACCGGCUUCACUUCGGCGACACAAGCAAGGUUUUCGCUGACGCCCUCAUCUGCGCAUUUAUCGCCCUCACGGAGGCCAUCUCGAUCGGCACCACUUUUGCCACCAAGAACGGCUACCACAUCAACGGGAACCAGGAGAUGUUCGCUUUCGGCCUCAGCAAUCUCGUCGCCUCCAUAACCUCCGGCUACGUUGCAACAGGCUCCUUCUCGCGGUCCUCGGUGAACAACUACUGCGGCUCCAACACGCAGCUGACCGGUGUCAUCAUGCCCGCGUUCAUUAUCCUGGUCAUCCUGUGCAUUACGCCCUCCUUCUACUACCUGCCUCAGUGCGUCCUGUCCGUGAUCAUCAUCAGCGCCCUGUUUGGGCUCUUCGACUACAAGGCGGCGUGGCUCAUUUGGAAGACGGACAAGCUCGACUUCUGCUGCCUGCUGGGCGCCUUCUUCGGUGUCGUCUUCAAGUCGGUCGAGAUCGGCAUCCUCAUCGCCGUCGCCAUCUCCGUGGCCAAGCUCAUCUUCCAAGUCACUCGGCCCCACACAGCCAUCCUGGGGCGCAUUCCUGGGACCACGAUCUACCGGUCCACAGUACAGUACCCCGAGGCGUCUGCUCCGAGCGGCAUCCUCAUCUGGCGUAUCGACGCGCCCAUUUAUUUUGCCAACGCGCGCUACCUCAAGUCGCAAGCUCUGCGCCUUGUAGACAAUCAGACCGCCGAUGAGGAGGAGGCCGGCUUAAAGUCGAACCGCCUGCAGUUCUUUGUCAUGGACUUGGGCCCCGUUCUGAACGUCGACGUUUCGGCGGCGCUGAUCCUGGGGGAGCUCCACCGGGAUUUGCUCAAGCGGGGGGUGCGGUUGGUGCUCUCCAACCCGAACACGAGCACACUGUACCGUUUGGACGGGACGGGCGUCCUAGACGCGGUGGGCCGGGACUGGGUCUUUGUCCGGACGCACGAGGCGGUCAAGGUUUGCCAGGCCCUGGUCGAUAGCAACGGUGAUACACGGCAUGCGCAGUAAGCGGUAAAGAUGUUGGUUGCAAUCCCAGAGUAAAACUUUAUUGCGUCGAGACGGGCGCAGGUGCAGUUGUGGGCGGCUUGGGUGCCGCCUUGUAAUUCGUAAAAGAGGAAGCGGGACGGAUCUCGGGGAAGCUUCGUUUGGGGGAUCCCUCUCGUGAGGUACGAUUGAAUAGAUGUUCGGACGUUGUGUGUCUCAUCCUAGUCCGGAUUUGCAAAUGUGUCUCUACGAAUUAAGAGUCGUGUAGAUGCUACGAACACAACACGGACUGAGCUCCAUAGGAGCAAGAAGCAGACGAGAUCUGCUUUAGUACGUGAUGAUUUCAAAACAAGCCAAGAUUCAGUCUGCCGACCAGCCUGUACAUGCUACCUGAACAUUGGCAAUCCAGUUGAAAAAUUUCGAGUUGUUUCUCCUGAAUCCUACAGCCAAAAUUGCCGGCCAGUCAGGAACACGCCUGACGAUACUUAGCGGCAUCAUCCUUCUUUUAUGGAAAUGAUCCAAAUUACUUUCUAAUCAC